GUAGAUUUCAGGUGACCCCGUCAGUUGCCGCUGGUUCUGGUAAGAUGCUUGAGAACUUGCCUUGGUGAUGGUGGUACCUGUUGUGUCAUCAGAAGUACUAGAACAAACAGCGACCGGCAACAGUGUUGACAGCUCCAGGUCAGCGCCUGAAGCCAUCUGGUGAUGAAAUUGUCCUGUAGCAACACUGAUAGCACCCAGUGUUGGUACAGCCCUUCAGCACGCUUUAAGAACUCCAUGCUUUCACCCCAAGGUACCACACCGAAAACAGAGGUGAGGUGCUUCAGCUGGGGGAAUGUCCAAACCUUCUCUCUGUGUAUGGGUAAAUUACACCAGUCCAGCACGUCAGUUCUCAUGAGUGCUGGUCAAUGUAUCAGACCUCAGAGGGAUUUCAAGCUGAUUUCCCAGUUCUGAUGAUGCCAUACAUGCUCUUUCCUGGCUUUCUUCCUGUUCUCCGUGUAGACUGGGAGGCCCGGAAUUGUAUUCCAGCCGGCACCAUCCAGCAAGCUGUACUCUCUGGAGGGGAAAAUAGUCUCUCUCUGAAGUACACAAGAGGAGAGCUGACAACUGUGGAGUUUUUGCAGGAAUUGGGACGGCAGUGCUUUGAGAUUGCAAAUGUCCGUGUUCCAGUGGACUCUUUGCUCUCGGACUUAAUCAGAAAGGAGAUGAUAAAACAGCUCCCCAUAAUGGCAGAAGCAGUACAGUGUAUCCGUGCAGAAGGUCUCAAGACAGCUCUUCUGAUGGACAACUUCUGCCUGCUGAAUAGGAAGAGCUUUCUGCCCCUAGACCAAAAGCACUUUGAUGUGAUGGUUGAAUCCUAUCGGGAAGGGAUGGGCAAGGCAGACCCUCGGAUUUACAAGCUGUGCUUGGAGCGCUUGGAUGUUCAGCCCCAGGAAUCCAUCUUCCUCGACAACAGCAGCCAGAACCUAAAAGCAGCAGCCCAGCUUGGCAUUAAAACAGUGAAGGUCGAUGAUCCAGAAGCAGCAUUCAAAGAGCUGGAAGCAUGUCUGGGAUUCCCUUUACAAGGGUUUGUUCCAUAUACUCGUGCAGUGAGACCAAGCAUGGAAAUCCCAAAAGACAAGCUGCAAAAGUACCUUGAGAAUGUUCUCGGUGACCACACCACAGGCCCAUUAGUGUUACGGCAGUUUGGCCACGGACACUCCACCCGGACCUAUGCUGUCAGGUUUGGAGAUCACUUGCUAGUGCUAAAGAAGGAGCCCCCUGACAGCCCACAUCCCUCUGGCCCUGCUGUCAGAAGGGAAUACAGGUUACUGAAGGCCCUUGCUGAAGCCGGUGUUCCUGUUCCCACUGUACUUGCUCUCUGUGAGGACAGAAGCACCCUCGGCACACCUUUCUACCUGAUGGAGCACCGUGCCGGCCGCAUCUACAGCGACGUCUCCCUCCCUGCGCUGCAGCCCUGCCAGCGGAGAGCUAUUUAUGCUGCCAUGAGCCAAGUCCUCUCCAAGAUCCACAGCGUAGACCUCAGAGCAGCCAAGCUGGAGGAGCUCGGGGAGCACGGUAAUUACAUUCAGCAGCAAGUUGAGACCUGGACAAAGCAGUACCGAGCUACAGAAACUCAUGUUAUCCCAGCCAUGGAAAGACUCAUCAAGUGGCUGCCUCUGCAUUUCCCUGAGUCUCAGAAGACAACAGUUGUGCACGGUGAUUUCAGGAUGGACAACCUGGUCUUUCAUCCAGACAGGCCAGAAGUCCUUGCUGUCCUUGGCUGGAAGCUUGCAACUCUAGGAGAUCCCAUCUCUGAUUUGGCGAAUAACUGUAUGGCCUACUUCCUGCCACCUCACUUUAGUGCACUGAGAGGCUUGAGGAAGUGUGAUUUGGGGCACCUGGGAGUCCCCACAGCAGAGGAGUAUUCCCAGAUGUACUGUGGCCACAUGGGGGUGGAGCGGCCGGAGAACUGGAAUUUCUACAUGGCUUUUGCCUCUUUCCGGCUGGCGGCAGCGCUGCAGGGACUCUACAAGCACCCUGUGGCAGGGAAGCCAGCCCCAGGUGAAAGCAGCCCGGAGGAUGUAGAGUUUGUGGCUGACCUGGCUUGGGAUUUUGCCAUCAAAGAAGGAUUCCGUGUGUUUGACAGCCUCCCCACCACACAGCUUCUCACACGACGUUACAGCACCUGGGCCAGGCGAGGGCCUUUCCUCAGCAGGAGCUAUGGUACCUGGUCAUGUCCUGGGGCAGCUCCUGUGCCCAAAGCCCCCUUCAUCACUCCCACCUCCAGCCUCUUGGGAAUGGCCCAGAGUCUUUAUUGCAAGCUGGAAAAGAUGAUGGGCAUCCAGUGGGGUUUUCUGAUUUCCCUCCCUGGAUGGACUCCACGUCCUGUUCUAGAACUGAAGGCACAGAGCACCAGGACCCAAGCAGUGGCUCUGACAAUGACUCUUCAGGCCAUGGAUCAGCAUAGCCAGGUCUCUGGAGCAGAGCAUCUCAGCAGUGCAGCCCCCAGCCCGGUGCUUUGCUCAGGCCUGAGCUCCACGUCUCGCUGAAGGUCCCACAUGGUUCACAGCACUCUGCAAACCAGAGCUGAGCCACCACCUCGGACCUGAGACUAAAGCAGCCUGGGAGCUGCUGAAUUCAGUGGUGUUUGCUGUUAUCCCAUAUCUGUAUCUUCAUUUCCAGGCUCAGGAGGUAGGCAGCAAAAUCCAUCCUUGGAUCAUGAGGCUUGCAGGGCAGGAAUGACCAGGCUAGGGGUGCAAGACUUGGUGUUGGGAAUAAAAAGAAUGGAGUAGGGUGUCUCUCCUCCUCCAGCACACCUCCAUCAACCUGCAGACACUACAAGAGACCUUGGGGAUGGAGGGAACUGAAUCAGGUCCUUGAGGACUCUGGAGCUGGGAGGACCUGGGAGUACUCCAUGGGGCCAUGACUGCAGAGGAUCUCUCUGGGUUCCUUUGGGGACCACAGAGGAUGCAGACUGGACCAGUGAGGGCUUUCAGUGCUCCACAGAGGCCAACAGCUAGGGGAGAACUGUGGGAACAAUUGUGGCAUUUCCUGGGCUAUGUAUAAUCUAUUAUUAAUAUUAAAGUGAUGGGCACAAUAUUAAUGCAAUAUUAAAGUGAUGGAAACACUCUGAA